CGCCUCCUCUCCCUGUCACGCAUUUCCGUCUGACUCCUUUCUUCUUCCGGUACAUGUAAACAUGGCGCCCCCCAUUCCGCUGCUGGCAGUGUGCGGAUCCGACGGAACGUCUCUGUUGCGUGGACCACCGCAGUGUGAGCUGGACUCCUCCUUCCAGAGGGACAGUCGGCCCAGCAGGUGUCUCACCUUCAGCAGAGACGGGACGGUCUUCGGAUGGUGCAACGGACACAGUGUCUCCGUGGUGAGAUGUGCAGAUGGCUCUGCUGUGUCCACCUUGAAUCUCCCAAAAACAAAUUUGCUGGAGUUUUCUCCGCUCAACAAUAUCCUGGUUACUUGGCAACCGUACACCAAGACUCAGGACAGUCCUCAGGGUGAAGCCAACCUGCAGCUGUGGGACUUACCAAGUGGCCGACUGAUCAAAGCUCUGUAUCAGAAGAAAGCUGAGUCCUGGUGUCCCAGCUGGUCUGAAGAUGAGAAGAUCUGUGUCAGGAGCGUCAACAAUGAGCUGCACUUCUAUGAGAACAAUGAUUUCAACUCCAUCGCCAACAAGCUGCACAUGCAGAAAGUAUCUGACUUUGCUUUGUCACCUGGAGCUCAGCCCAGUAAGAUUGCCGUCUAUGUCCCAGGCAGCAAAGGAGCGCCGUCAUUUGUGCGGUUGUAUCAGUACCCAGUUCUGGGCGGGGCAAGCGCUGCCCUUGCCAACAAGAGCUUCUUUAAGGCGGACAGAGUCAACAUGCAAUGGAACCAAAAAGCAUCUGCUGUCCUGGUAACGGCGAGCACUGAGGUGGAUAAAACCGGAGCUUCAUAUUAUGGCGAGCAGACGUUACAUUACCUGGCUGCAAACGGAGAGACGGCGCUGGUUCAGCUUGCGAAGAACGGGCCUAUCUAUGACGUGGCCUGGAGUCCAAACUCCACAGAGUUCUGUGUGGUGUACGGCUUCAUGCCAGCCAAAGCCACAGUCUACAACCUGAAGUGUGACCCCGUGUUCGACUUUGGGACCGGUCCCCGAAAUGCUGCCUACUACAGUCCUCAGGGCCACAUCCUUGUACUGGCUGGCUUCGGGAACCUGAGGGGGCAGAUGGAGGUUUGGGACAUGAAGAAGUAUAAACAGGUGUCCAAACCCCAGGCUCCAGACGCCACAUAUUUCUCCUGGUGUCCUGAUGGCGAGCACAUUGUCACGGCAACCUGCUCGCCUCGGUUGCGGGUCAGUAACGGAUACAAGAUCUGGCACUACACAGGCACGGUGCUGCACAACCAAGAUGCUGCUGCCGGCUCGGAGCUGUGGAAAGUCCACUGGCAGCCCUUCCCAGAGUGUUCCUUUCCCGAGCGCCCCAUCAAGUACCAGGCAGCGCCCAGUGAGCUGGGGACCACUGAGGCUGCACCCAUACAGGCUUACCGCCCACCUGCGCUGAGACACCUCCCAGCUACUCCCAGCUCCAAACUGCAUGAGGAUGAGCCUCCUCAGGACCUCCGAUCUGGACUCUCAGGGGAGAAGAGUCUCUCCAAGUCUGCUUUGAAGAAUCAGAGAAAACGAGAAGCUAAGAAAGCAGCCAAACAGGAGGCCAAAUCCGACCCUGAACCUGCAUGUCUUCCCGCCCCUGUAAGCAACAGCCAAUCAGAGGCAUGUAGUGGGGAUGCAGAGACAGACAAAAAGAUCAAGAACUUAAAGAAGAAACUGAAGGCCAUUGAGGAGCUGAAGGAGCAGCAGACGUCUGGGAAAGUUCUGCAGAAGAACCAGCUUGAGAAGAUCCAGAAAGAGGAGCAGCUGCUGAAGGAGCUGCAGGAGCUGCAGGAGCUGCAGAUCAAAUAGUAGGAGGCCAUGUGCCCUUCCCAUCAUGCUUCACCCUGACACAUCCAGGAACGGUGGUGUUUUCGUCUGAUUGGACAGAAUCGGUAGACUUCACGCUGACUGGAUUGGAGGCGGCGUUUUAUUUUUCAGGUUUGCUGUUUGGCUGAGCAUUCAGUUAUAGCUUUCGUCAGAGGCAUUCUGGGAAAUGUAGGCAGCAGCAGGAAGGCUGGUCACAGAUCAGUUUGAAGGUUGGAGUGUCUAUUGUAGUGCAACAGCUGUUUUGAAAGAGAUCUGCUGCCUCAGCUGUAUAGUGUUCCUUUCACAAUAAAAGCCUCUAAUGAA